CUUCAUGCUGACGUGUUUUUCAAGGAAGCGUAUGGUAACAAUAGCAGAGAGCAAGCGAGACACUGUAGCCUCAUUAGCUUGCUAUAUCAGUGGCUAUUUCUGUAGCCAGAUAUGGAAAAUUGGAGCCUUGUAUCGCUGAGCGUUUUGCUUGGUCUGGUGAUGAGAUGGACAGUGUCCCUUAAUUCGUACUCAGGUGCAAAGAAACCGCCGAUGUUUGGGGAUUAUGAAGCACAGAGACACUGGCAAGAAGUGACCUAUAAUCUCCCUGUUCAGCAAUGGUACUUCAAUACCUCUGACAACGACUUGAACUACUGGGGUCUAGAUUAUCCUCCUCUUACAGCUUACCACAGCCUUCUGUGUGCACAUGUAGCUCAAAUGAUAAAUCCUGAAUGGAUAGAGCUGCAUAAGUCUCGUGGCUAUGAGAGUCCUGCCCACAAGCUUUUCAUGAGGGCCACUGUUAUUAUUGCAGACAUUAUAGUAUACAUUCCAGCAGUUGUGCUCUACUGCUUAUAUCUGAGUGAUGGAUCUUCAAGAAGGAAGGUUGCAACAAUGCUCUGUGUCUUGCUGUACCCAGGACUGAUUCUCAUUGACAACGGGCACUUUCAAUACAACAAUAUGAGCCUGGGUCUGGCACUGUGGGGAGUGUUGGGCCUGGGCCUUGGCUGGGACCUGCUGGGCUCCCUGGCCUUCACCCUGGCCCUCAAUUACAAACAGAUGGAGCUCUACCAUUCUCUGCCCUUCUUCUGUUACCUGCUGGGGAAGUGUGCCAAGCAGGGCCUGACAGGGAAAGGGUUGAUCCUGCUGGUGAAGAUCGCAGCGACGGUUGUGGUGUCCUUCGCUGUGUGCUGGCUGCCCUUCCUGUCCGACCCCCAGCAGUCCCUGCAAGUGCUACGCCGGCUGUUCCCCGUGGGGCGCGGGCUGUUUGAGGAUAAAGUGGCCAACACAUGGUGCAGCAUGAACGUCCUUAUAAAGAUCAAAACCCAUCUGUCUGCUGAAACACAGCUGUACCUCAGUUUAGUUGCCACACUUCUUGCUGUCUUACCUUCAUCAGUUAAACUGCUGAUGAAACCCACGUUCUGGCAAUUCAAACUUGCCCUGGUGAAUUCCUCGCUGGCCUUUUUCCUCUUUUCCUUUCAGGUUCAUGAGAAGUCCAUUCUCUUGGCUGCCUUACCAGUUUGCCUCCUGAUCAAUGAGCUUCCAUUGAUGUCAAUCUGGUUUUUACUUGUCUCCACCUUCAGCAUGCUCCCCCUCCUGCUGAAGGAUGGCCUGCUCCUGCCCUACGUGAUCACAUCCCUGGCCUUCCUCUUCACCAGCAUGUACCUCCUCUCAGCACUGGAGCGAACCACUGUGGACACCUUAAGGAUCGAACCGUACUCCCGGCUCUUCCGGCCCUGCUUCCCCAGACUGAACCUCCCCUUAAUCGUCAAGUGGAAAUUUGCCUUCUUCAUUCUCGCCAUGGCCGGCUUGAGUUUUACAAGCGUGGCACUGGACCCUCCAGCAAAACUGCCUGAUUUGUUUCCUGUCCUGGUGUCUCUGUGCGCCUAUUUUCAGCUUCUGGGCUGCCUGGUAUAUUUCAACAUCGUUCAGCUGAUGGAGCCGUCCAACAAAGGUGAUCAAAAGAAAAUAAACUGAAAAUAUUUGUUUCGUCUCUUUACAAAGUAAAGACCAGCAAGAUCUCCAGAAUGGAUUUUCCCUCUGUCAGUGACACAGGCUGCUGUGUAUUUUUUGAAAUAUGUAAUUCAGAAUCUGCAGAUGACGUCAUUAAAAUACAUUUGUAUAAACUGUGUCCAUUUUUUGUACCUUCAUCUGGCUCAACUUGGAAUAAACAAAGACAGAAUCUGAUCUGAUCAAAUAAACUCUCCA